GAAUUCCGUAGCAGUGCUAACGCGCGUUCCAUUCUCUGAGGGAGACUCUGUGACUUUUGCUUCAAAACUCCGAACUCAUCUGUUUGAGGAUUCCGUGAAAUGCCUGUAUUCACGAUCAACACAAACGUCUCGUCAGAGAAAAUUCCCAAGGAUUUCCUCUCGGCUUGUACGGAUGCGGUGGCGAAAUGUCUGAAAAAACCGGCAUCGUAUGUGGCGGUUCACGUAAAUGCUGGGCAGCAACUCUCUUUCGGAGGUGAUGCCCAAUUACCUUGCGCAUCCUGCACUCUCGCAUCUAUCGGCAGCAUUUCCAGCGCGGCGAAUAAGAAGUCCUCAUCGGAACUGAGCGCUCUUCUGGAGUCAUCCCUGGGGAUUGCACCGGACAGGUCGUACAUAAACUUCGUCGAUCUUCAGCCGUCCAACGUGGAUGUAUCUCUCAUCACUCAUCUCAUCCUGGGAUUCUGUGAAGUGCGAGAUGACGGCCGUAUCGGCGAAGGGGAACUCUCUGGAGAACAGAAUAUCAAGUCUGUAGUAGCUCUCAAGAAGAAAAAUCCCUCACUGAAGGUCCUGAUUUCUGUCGGAGGCGGUGGCAAUGGUGCAGGCUUUGGCCCAAUGAUCAGAAGCGAAGAGAAAACCGAAACAUUUGUCUCUUCUACAAUCUCAUUGAUCGAGGAGUACUGUCUCGAUGGAGUCGAUCUCGACUGGGAGUUUCCCUCUGGCUCGACAGAGCGAGCUGGGCUCGUUUCCCUCCUCGAGAUAUUCCGAGAACGAUUCGACAAUCAUCCGAUGAAACCCUUGCUGACCGUAGCUGUUCCUGCCCAAUCCCCAUUAGUCAGCAAAGGAUACGAUGUUCCUAAGAUAGCGAAGGCUGUUGAUCUUGUUCUGAUAAUGACUUACGAUCUUCACCUGUUCAAAUGGUACCUACCCUUCACCGGUCACAACGCACCGCUGUUGCCUCGGCGAAAAGAGUUUUCCUACUUCAGAACGCUGAAUAUCAAACACAGCGCAAAACUCUGGGCGAAACGCGGCCUGCCAAAGAACAAGUUAGUUGUUGGAGUUCCUACGUAUGGCUUGACUUGGAAACUCCUCUCGAGCCGGUGGCAGAAACCCUUCUCACCAGCCAUCGGCGCCGGCCCUAACGGUGGUUACACCACGUAUCCCAAGGUCUUGAACAUUUUGUCGACGAAUUCCGGACGGAUGUUCUGGGACAGGAGCUCGCAGUCGCCAUACGUGAUCACUUCGGACAACAUCUGGAUUUCCUACGACGACGCAGAGUCAAUCCGUGCCAAAGUGAAGUUCAUCCGAGAAUCCCAGUUCGCCGGAGUCAUGUGUUUCAGUUUGAAUAGCGAUGACUGGAACGGGGACUGUGGGCGGGAGACUUUCCCAUUACAUAAAACUAUAUAUUCGGAGCUGCUUCUGACCGACAAACUCUGACUGUAACUUGAUGUACUCUAACGAGUUUGUCGUGUUCGUGAUCUGGCUAGACCCUGCCGAACGUCGAAAACUGACGGAGUGUUCAUUCUGAACGAUCGAUUGUCCUACGGUAUACAUUUCGACGUCACGGCGAGAAUUCUACCGUUGUCGACUAGCGACGGAGAAGUAGAAGGAAAGAACUUCUCGAUAGGAUUUUCGUCGAGACGUUCCCGACGCGUGAUAUUUUACCAACGAGUAUAAGCGACUCGCCUCCUUGAAUAGCUUCGCAAGGAUUAUCAGAGUCCGCAGGAGAAUGCUAUUUGCGAACGAGAACAGCGGCGAGGCUACGUUAUAGUUAUGGAAGACUUUUUCCCAGCGAUGUGAAUCAAAGUGUGAAUCUGAAAUGUCUAUUGGAGUUAUUAAUGACUUCG